ACGAGCAAUUCUUUCAACUAGCUACUGGUCUGCAUUCUAAAGAAAAGAAACCGUACAUCUGCUACAGAGCCACUGAUCAUCACUCUAUCUUAAUAUAUAAAGACAAUCAAUCAUUGCAACAAUUCCGACCUCUACUGGCACCUAUCAACAUGUCUGAACGACCGUUAGAAGCUAUCAAGCGUGCGAAUAAAGCCGCUAACCGCGCCCCUCAUCUUCGAAAAAAGAGCAUUGCCCGUGCCGAUAUGAUCGAUGUUCUCGAUGACACCGGCCUCGGAACCUAUCACCACGAUGGUCCAUACGACGCCACUCUAGCUUCUCGGAAUCGUGACAAGCGAUAUGCUCCAGUCGAGGCCGUCAAGUACGGCAACGCAGAAGCCCUGAAGGCAACACCUCGUGAAAUGGUCAUGGACUCUCUCCAACGCCACGUACCCCUGCAAGGCACUGCCGUAAUCCCUCCUGGGCAACGAGACCUUAGCGGCCACGUAAUGGACUACGAGGAGGGAGCAGAUUUAAUGAGAGAAGAAGAUGCGCCCGGAGGCCCAUACAAGCGAUGGGCUCACGUCCAAUACCAUCCAGAUGAUCUAAAGGGCAAGGGUGAGCCAUCAUACACCAUAGAAGAGGACCGCAAGAGACAGAAGCGCAUGCAGCGAAACUCCCUAAAACCGAGCGGAGAUUACGAGAUGCAGCCUGCCGCACGCACCAGCGGCCGCAGCGAUAAGGACGCCACCAACGUCACCGUCCACCGCAGCGCCAGUCUCGGCUCUUCCGGCCCUGCUAGUCCGAGGGGGAAGCGUCUGAGUGAUGGAAUCAAGCGACGGAUCGGUAGUCUUCGUCGCAGACAUGAUGAGGUUUGAGGUCUAGGGGUACUUGGCGAUUUGAUAAGCCUGGCUGUUUUAUAUAGCUGGGUCUCGUUUUAGCAAUGGCGUUUUUUAUGACCCUUCACGAAUGAAUUAAAGCUACUUCAAUGAGCAAGCCUGGGUGGGUGGUAUUUGUCGAGUUAAUCGCUCACGUCAAGCACGGCGAAGCAUACCAAGCAAGCAGUGAGGCAGUUUAGUGAAUUUUGUCAGCUAUUGUAGGGAGGUCAGGACGGCAUCGGCCGGCGGAAUGAGUGUAUGAGAGAAGAGUGUCGGAUGACUUUCCCAUCGUGCUGCGUUUCCAGAUAGCUUCUCAUAAAAUCGCUUCCACGGCAUUUUUAAGCCCGAGGGCUGAAGAGGGAGGAACGUCCUGAAUUAAUGACCAUUUAUUCCAUCCAUCUACGAAAAUCCCGAUCUUAUUCGUACAC